AUGGAACUAUCGCGACAAGAAUAUCCUGCCCUGGCGGGCGUAUUGCAACCUAGCCAAGCUGUUGCAGUUGUGACGGAGCGAUUGCGGACAGUUAAUAAGCUGAACACAGAUGUUGCAGACUGGCUUGCGGAACGACGCCGUGUAGAGGAAGCAUACUACCUCGGCCUUCGAAAACUUGCGCGGAGACCACAACCGGAGUCGGGACACGCAUUGGGAGUCUUUGAUGUACCAUGGCAACGCAUCCUUUCUUCGACGGAGUCCAUGGCGCAGUCGCACGAAGCCCUGGCCAGUGGGAUCGAAACGGACGCCGAAAAGCCUCUCAGAGAAUAUGAAACUAAAAAUAGUGACAUGAAAUCAAUGGCGUCGAUUCAAACCGAUCUUUCAUCCCUCGUCAAGACCCUAGAAGUCGCACAGAAGAAACUUGACAAGCUCAAGGACAAGGGGCCAAAGUACGCUGCAAAGGUGCCCAGCGCACAGGCAGCUGUGGAUGAUGCCAGGACUCAAUGGCAGUCUAGAGCACCAUUCGUGCUGGAACAACUGCAAGCUGUCGACGAACACCGUAUAAACCACUUGCGCGACAUCCUCACCCAAUACCAGACUCAUGAGGCAGACCAGGUCGAGCGCAGCCGCCAGGCUGCAGAGAACUCACUCAAUGCUUUGCUAAAUAUAGAAGCAGGCGAAGAGAUUCGCGCAUAUGUUAGCAAGAAGAGCGGAGGACGGCUGCCGGCUGAAAAUGCCCCUUCUACUCCUGCUGCCUCUUCCGCUAGACAGGCGACACCAACAAGCCCUAAACCAACUCCGCCUACAGUGAUGGAACCGCUACCAUCGCCCCCAAGGAUUCACGAUGAUGCCGCCAGUCAACGCUCCGGCACAUCUACUCAACGUCGCCCAAGUCUCCAACAAGCGCCUGAAGCACGUCAUACUGCCUUCGGUGGCUUGAAACGACUAGGAACUGUCAUGGGAAGACGGAAGAGCAUAAUUGUUCCUAACGCUGGACUUCCUGAGAAGAAAUUUCGAUCUCCUUUCACUCCAUUCCGCCGCGCCGACCCAUCGCGCAACUUUCACCAAAUGGACGAAUCAGACGGCCCUAAUGGCCUAGAAACGGUUAUGUCAAGGGAAUCUCAGAGGCCAUCGUCGUCUACUCAUAACGACUCGGCGAUCAUCGAAUCUCCCCCUCCAACGGCGACGGCGACGAAUGGUAUCCCCGAGGAGCCAACUAUGAAAGAACCAACAGCAACGAAUGGGGAGCUUAUUGAUGCGCCUGCUAAAUCUCCUCAAGUCGAUGCCGAGGGAUACUCUCAGCGACCGGAUACCGAAGAUGAGAUCACACGAAUCCAGAGGGAAGCUUCUGCUGUCGAUGAUUCAGGUAUCAACUUAACCAUUCGGGACCAGCCUAUUCCAGAGGAUGAAAGUGAAGCGAAACAGGCAUUGAAUCAGGUGGCGAAUACCUUGCGGCUUAAAGCACAGCAAUCAGGUGUUUCCCGCGGCCCUGGAACAGUUCGGGGUCGUCGAGACGUACGAAAUACCAUAUUCGUUCCUCAUCCCACCGUACCGGACGCUGGAGUCAGUGCCGAUAGCCCUGUGCCAGCCCUGAAUCUAGCUGCUCUUGCUACUCCAGGGUCACCAGACAUGCCAAGAAGCGCAACGUUAGCUGAAAAGUCCGUCCAAGAGGAUCACACUGUACCAGAUAAUACGUCGAUUCAUUCAUCACAGACAUUACACAGUCUAUCUGGGCCCAUAACACAUCCUGAUCUACCGGAAGCCGGAUUAAAUGUUUCCAUAGUGGAAAAGUUAACUGCGAUGAUAUCCGAGGGGACGGUUACGAGAUCAUUCGUCGUGGGUGAGCUUGCUCUUGCAUACAAUAGCAACUCAUCAGAUGAAUUUAGCCCAAAUACGCCGCUUAUCCGCCUAAACAACUUCGGUGUUUUGGAACGAGUUGCUGCAAACCCGCAGUUUAUUACAGAGAAGGCGUCCAACCUAACCGCUGGUGAUGAUUCCGAGAAAGGCAUGUAUAAUGUCCGCCUAGCAUCGAUUACGGGACCUGCUCCCACCGUUGCUUUCAAAUACCAGGUCCAUCUCGAUUCUUCGAAUCUAUCAUCAUACUGCCCUGUCAUCUUUACUCCCGUCUGGAACGAGGAGGAGUUUCAAGCCAGCGUCAUUGUCCAAUAUUCACUGAACCCGCAAUUCUUAUCGACUAAUUCUAACGCAUCAGUCGUCCUCCACAACCUACUGCUAUCCGUAAAUUUGGACAUAUCCCACGUCGACGAAACUACGAUGCGCCCCCGUGAAGCUGCCAGGGCGAUCGGCGCCGCUAUGCAUCCAAGCACCGGCGCUGUCUUCCGCCGUAAGAACUCAUCCGUUACCUGGAAGAUCCCCGAGCUAGAGGUUGGGCCUGGCCAGGAGGGUAAGUUCCUUGCUAGGUUCACGACGUCAACCUGCUGGCCAAAGAGAGGCAAGGUUGAAGCCAAGUUUGACGCUACCUGCAAUGACAACACCUCAAGGCUUGGAGUGAGUAUUUUCUCUCCUGAAUCCGCUGCACACGCAGACGAUAAGAGCAAGGAAGACGACCCAUUCGCGGACGAAAGUCUGAAUGCUCCGGCAUCUACGGGCACCUGGACGGAACCUUUGACCGAGCGUAAACUUGCUGUUGCAAACUACGGAAACCCGUUCCUGGUACCAUAUAAAUACUAUCUAGAGGACACUUUUGCAAUGAUGGAUGAACAAACACUACGAUCCCGUCUACAAGCUCAAAUAUCAAAUCUAAAGGACGAGAUUGUGAAAGCAGCUCAGAAACUAGUAGCUGCUCCCUCCCCAUGCCCGCCAGGGAACACCACACUAGCAGCCGAGGCGGCUAUCAAGUUGCUCACAGAAGGGAUCCCAGAUAUCCAAAUAUCCCGUCACGAACCCGAACCUGGAAUUGUGAAUAUAUUCGCUUGCAUUUCGAGCGGCCGUCCAGGUAAACGCCUCAUAUUCAAUGGGCAUCUAGAUACUUUUCCAUUAGGCACGGAUUUGAACUGGACUGUGCCUCCAGCAGGCGGCCUGGUGAAAGAUGGCCGGCUCUACGGACGAGGAGUCUCUGAUAUGAAAGGCGGGAUUGCCGCAUCUACCAUCGCCGCGAAGGUCCUGUCUGAGAAUCGUGAGAUGUGGUCUGGUGAGAUCGUACUUACGCUGGCCGGUGACGAGGAAUCAAUGGGCACACAUGGCACCAAGUGGUUACUAGAUAACAUUGAAAAGGCGACAGGUGAUGCCAUGAUAUGCGGCGAUGCUGGAUCACCUAGGAUCAUCCGCUUCGGCGAAAAAGGGUUCGUCUGGGUCGACAUUGAAGCUGUUGGCAAUCCUGCCCACGGAGCACACGUUCAUCUCGGUAUGAAUGCAAUUGAUCGUCUCCGCAAAGCAUUGGAUGCAGUGUAUGGCCUUGAAAAGAUCCCCGUUCCCGCGCCAAAGGAGGUCUGCGAUGCCAUCAAAGCAGCUAGCACAAUAUCUGAAAGCCUUUCUGGAGCAGGUGAAUCGGAUACCUUGCAACGCAUAACAGUCAACACAGGCACUAUCAAAGGCGGCAUAUCCCCUAAUUUGAUCCCAAGUUCUGCGGUGGCCCAAUGUGAUAUCCGUAUUCCAGUGGGUAUCCCAACGAGCACCGUAUCAGAGAAGUUGAAGGAAAUGCUUGGUCCCAUGGAGGGUAUUUCAUGGCGUAUCCUACGGAAAUCGGAACCAAACUAUACCUCGCCAAACCAUGAAAUAUGUAGAUUGGCAGAGGCAGUGUCGACUGAAGUAUUAGGCCAGCAAGCCAUCCGCAAUAUGCGUGUCGGAGCAUCGGAUUCAAGAUGGUAUCGCGCUGCAAAUGUCCCGACUGUGGUUGUUGGAUGCACACCGAAUAAUAUGGGUGCAGCCGACGAAUACGUUGAGAUAGAUGAGCUCCAUAAUAUCUCACAGAUCCAUACUAUGAUCGCCUACGACUUUUUGAAGAAUGAAGCAGGAGCCUUAGAGUAA